AUGGACGGUCGGGAGUUCUCCUUGCAGAUCGAGUGGGAGGGUCGCGUGGAGGGCCUCCGGAUGUCUCUGGGCACACGGCUGGGGAUCAGUUCGCAUCGAGUGAAGCUCGCUUUGGGGGCCGAGGUUCUGAAGAACGAGUUGACUGCCAGGGCCUGCGGCCUUUCGGACGGAUGCGUUGUCAACGUGGUGAUCUUGCCGCCGCUGUACGGCACCCUGGGGCGUGCAGGAGUGGCCGCACCCGGGGAGGUCGUCGCCGCGAAGAUGGAGCUUCAUGAUGCGCUGGCUCAAGCGGGCCUCAUUGCCUUCGGCCUGGCCUUCGGAGUGCUGGCCUUGCUGGCCACCCACCCGGUGAUGUUCGCCCUGCCGAAGACGGACUUCACGGAGCUUGCAACUGCCUACCCCUCCGGGAUGCAGUUCGAAGUCUACCAUUGGAACCUGGAGCCCGUCCGCGUCCAGCCGGUGCGGUGUGGCUUACAAGGUCAAAGGUUCGUGCCAAUCAAUCCCGUAGACAACCAUGUGUACAAGUACUUGUCAGCCUUGGUCGGAUGUGCGCAGAAACAGACGGCCCUAUUUGUAGCACAAGGGGACCCGGAUUGGGCGCUCCGGCGGAUGGCGUCCGAGCCGCUUGCCAGGGUAGAAAUGGACACGGCCAUUGUACUGCCCUCACAAGUAGGAGAGUCCUGUGUUCCGAGGGCAGAGCUUCCGGAUGAACGCCUUCAAGAAGCGGUCCGGCUGCUGCUGAAAGGCCGAGACCUGGCUGGAACCUCCUUGAAAGAGGUGCGAGCCGACUUGGAGAAGAAGUUCAACCUAAGUGCCGGCAGCCUCGACAGCAGGAGGGAAAAGGUGAAGCAGUUCGUCGCGGAGGAGAUCUCUCGGAUCCAAGCAGCUGGCGAGGAGGCUGCGGAGGCCGAGCAGGCCGAGCAGGCCGAGGAGGCCGAGGACGGAGAGGCGCCGGCGGAGGAGGAGGAGGCCAAAGCGCCCCCAAAGGCGUCGAAGCCGCCUCGCGGCUCCAAGCGAGGCAAGGAGGCCCCGAAGGCGUCGCCGGCGUCUGACGCCAAGCGGGCAAAAGGAACCGCGGAGGAUCCGCCGCGAAGAUCCACAAGCGGUGAAGGCAAGGGCAAGGGGAAGAUCAAAGACCGCCAGAGCUCCAGCAUGACUCGAGAGGAGUUCAUGGCAAAGGCCAAGCCCAUCACCGUGACCAUCGGAGAUAAAACUUUCAAGGCGGCGCCGAAGCUCUUCUCCACGGGCAGCUGUGGUUUCAUGGCCAGCACCAAGGUCCCGGUGGAGGUGGGCGGUCAGUCCCUGGUGCUGCAGUGCGGCUUGAACUUGCCGGUGAUCGGAUCCAAGGAGUGGAGCGACUAG